UUUGAUUUUAGUUUUAUGUACAUAAUUAAGCCAAUAGGUCUUGGAAUUUCAGAUUCAUUUACCAUAGUUAUGGACGUAUUGAAUGAAGAUUGUUUACAUCAAAUUUUUCAACAUCUUGCCUUAAAAGAUCAAAUAGCUCUUUUACUUGCGAGCAAGCGUUUUGUUUGUGUGCUUAGUAAUAUAUGGUUAACAAAAUAUAGGAAGCGGCUAGAAUUAAAGCUAAGUGCCAAAACCGAACUCGGAGUGCGGGAACUAAAAGUGUUCAUUGGAAAUGUGCACCAACAUAUUGAGCACCUUCAACUCGAAUGCGAGUCCGUUGAGUUCAUAAAUGUGCUGCGGCAAUUCCAGUUUAUCAAUACGCAUAAGUUGUACAUUUCAGUGAAAGGGGCACAGUUGCUGCAACAAGAAUUCGUAGCCAUUUUGUAUGGUAUAUUUCCAAAUAUAAAAAUCUUGCAUCCAGCUGGAAAGUUCACUGGCGCAGGCUUUAUAAUGUGGAAGCGUUUAGAAUAUUUGACACUCACUUCUUGUUUCACCUUCCAAUUCGACUACUUAGAAGAUAUAUUACGAGAACUACCUAUACAUACAUUAAUACUGAAGAGCUUUAAAGUAGAGCUACCUCGCCUAUCGGACAAUGCCUUAGAAAAUUCUGCUUUACGUGUGUUGGUGCUGAACUCUUAUGAAUUAUCCUAUUUCACGCCACAACUGAAUAAUCUGAAGCAAUUGAAGGAGCUGCAGGUCAGUGAUUUGUACUCUACGCCUAACUUGGAUACGUUAAAUAACCAACUAGUGGAGCUACGUAACACGCAUCGUAUUGAGGGGAUAAGCACACGUGAUAUCACAACGAUAUUCCCAAAAAUUAUUGAUUUGCGUUUGCAUACGCACCUGCGACAUUUGCUUCUAGCUAUUGAUCCAAUGGCGUUUUCAGAAAUGCUUCCUUACAUUUGCCUACUACCCACGUUGCGUAUAUUACACUUUCAUGCUUGUUACGUUCGCAACGAGGCGGAUUUUCAAAACCUUUUUUCAGUUUCGGCACAUUUGGAUGAAAUAAGUUUGGAGAGAUGUAUUAUUAGUUACAGUUCUAAUCCAUGUUUAGAUGUGAAUGACAUUGUGGGCCAUCGAACGAAACCUCUUACAUUUAACUUCUAUGAAAACAAGUCUGACAAUGAUGAUAAGGCUGAGCUGCAGGUGAAGGGUCAAAGCGAUCUAUUUAAACUGGAGUCUGAUCAAAAAAUGCUACAACGCUAUCGUUAUUUGGUUUACGAAUUUAUUUAAUUUAUUAUUGUAUAAAAGUCCAUACUGGUAUUUGAAUGCAUCAAACAUUUUAAUAUGAUAUGGGAUAAUGUAUUUAAUGUAUAAAAAUGUAUGGUC